UGUUAAAAAUAAUUUAGAAUACAAGCAACAUAAAUUAAUAAGUUUGCAGAAAAAGCUUUCCAAUUGUUUACAAUCUAUGCUUCUUCAUUCACAAGACCUAACUAAUUUAUUUAAAGAAAUGUCAGAAAGUAAUUUCAUUAAUGAAGAAAUGUCUUGUGCACUUUUUAGUCAUGUAGACUUAAAAGUUUAUUUGAAUACUGAAGAUCAACUGUUGCAAGAAUUAAGAAAUUAUAUAAAGCAAUACCUUAACAAGCCAUUUGCUGAUUUAACAAGUGGCAUUGUUUCAAGUAUAAACUGUGAGCUGCUUGAUAUUUCACAUUUACUUUCAAAUACUUCACAAUCAAAGGAUAGGAAUGUUGCAAAAAAUUGCAGAGAAAUAGCACGUUUACAUAAUAUUUUACAGAAAACAGAAGAGAAUAGAAUCAAAGAACUCAUUGCCAGUGUAAAAGUUGAAGAAAAAGUUAAAUAUCUGGAAAAUAAAAUUAAUAAAAAUUACAUAAAGACAUUACCAUUUAACCGUAUGUUGUUUAUACAACAACAAAAGCAAUUAGAAGCACAGCUCAUUGCAAAAAAAACUGAAAUUGAAGAACUGUUAACAACUAUUUUACCUAAUGUAAUAAAAAAAUGCAUUCAGUGUAGAAGUGCAGUUGUGCUUACUGGAGAUUAUGAAACAAAAUUGGCUCGCCAACAAUAUUUUUACAAAAGACAGAAAAUGAUUACAGAUCAGCUUUUAAAACAGCGUUCUCGUUGGGAAUUUUUAUUGCUGUUGUUUCAAGUAGAAUCACAUUAUCAAGAUGAUAUUCAUAAAUUACUUAAAUUAUUAAAUGAUAACUUUUCAGAAGUUUGGAAGGAAUUUUGUCUACGAAAAGACUGGAUGAAGCAUUAUCAAAUAAAAUCCAAUACAAAAACGAAAGAGCUGUGUUCUGAAGAUAAAAUUGCAAAGGAUUUAAUGAUGAUGAUAGAACCCAACAUGCAACAAUCUGGAAGAGUUUUAUUUCAGACGUACGACGAUCUGAAAGAAGCUGCAGAAAGAAUAACAGAUGAACAUUUGCUUCUCCACUCAUUUAUUUCUUCUAGUUAUGUCAAACAAAUGAAACAAUUAGAUUUAUUGAAACAAUGCUUUAAUCAGUGGAACACUGUUGUUUACAAUUCCAAUAAAGAAAAUGGAAGUAAAUCUAUGAUGUGCCAUCUAGACGUUGCAAAUCUGAAGAAGUUAGAAGCAAACAUUCAUGCAUUCGAGAAAGAGGCAAAAAAUCUAAUUCAAGACUUUGAAAGAAAAAAAAAGGAAAUAAAAGAAGACAAACACAAGUUGGAAGAGAGGCAGUUAUUUAUUCAGUUUUACACCGCUCCCGAAACAUUUCGACAAACUAUCAAUAGUCUGAUAGAUCGAGUAGAAGGAGAAGAGAAGCUGCAGAUUUUGUUUGCUGAAUAAAAAGUUUUGUUCGUAACAAUAAACAUACACAUUUGCUAUAUAAAAA